GUUCUCAAGACUGACUGAAACCCUAAUCACGAGACAGAAGAACAGGGUUUUGGGUUUUGUCUGCUUCCUGUAUAAAUUUCAAAAUCAUUUUAGGGGCUACUGUCUCUUGAUCGGAUCAUGGAUUAUUCGGAUGAUGAUUGCAUGCUCGAUACUGAAUCAGGUCGUGAAGAUAAUUUAUACAGUGAGGACGGUGAUCAUGGAUUCGCCGAGGAAGAAAUGGACAACGAUUCUGCAUCUCACCUAAGUUACGUUGUGCUCAAGGAAGAAUGAUUUACAGAUGAAGAGAGAGUCCGUAAAGCCGUCGGUAUAUUGAAGGAGCCUGUCGUUGUUGAUCUUAAUCACAGAGAAGUCGCGAAUAUUAUAUGUGGAAUUUGCUUUGAGUCCUAUCUUCAAAAGGACAUUGCAACGGUGUCUUGUGGUCAUCCUUAUUGCAUGACUUGUUGGACCGGCUACAUCACUGCAAAAAUCACAGGUGGUCCUGCUUGUUUGGCGGUUAAAUGUCCUCAGCCUUCUUGUUCUGCCGUGGUUGGCCAAGAUAUGAUCGAUAAGUUCAUAUCUAAUGAAGAGGAUAAGGAGAAGUAUUAUAGAUAUUUCUUUAGGUCUUAUGUUGAAGCCAGCGGAAAAAAGAUCAAAUGGUGUCCAUCACCGGGAUGCGAAUACGCGGUUGAUUUUGGAAGUGGAAGUGAAAACUACGAUGUUUCUUGUUUGUGUUCUUACGACUUUUGUUGGAACUGUAGCGAAGAUGCUCACCGUCCUGUGGAUUGCCAGACGGUGUCGAAAUGGAUAUUCAAGAACAAUGAAGAAUCCGAGAACACGAAUUGGAUACUUGCGAAUACGAAGCCUUGUCCCAAAUGCAAACGUCAGAUCGAGAAGAACCUGGGAUGCAGCCAUAUGACAUGCGUAGCGCCUUGCAAUUUUGAGUUUUGUUGGAUCUGUCUUCGUGCAUAUCCCUGUGGUGGGGAUUGCAACAAGUUUAAGGGUGGUGAUGAGGCUGAAAACAAGAGAGAAAUGGCGGGAGCUGCCUUGGAUAGAUACAUGCACUAUUAUGAAAGAUGGGCAAGCAAUGAAUCGUCAAGACUAACGGCUAAGAGAGAUUUGGAGAAGUUGCAAUCGGUGCAACUUAAGCAGCUUAGUGACAAACAGAAAACACCAGAAACUCAGCUUCAAUUCAUUGUAGAUGCAUGGCUUCAGAUCAUCGAAUGUAGGAGGGUAUUGAAAUGGACAUUUGCAUAUGGAUACUACCUUCCUCAACAUGAACAUGCCAAGAAACAAUUUUUCGAGUAUUUGCAAGGGGAAGCUCAAGUUGGUUUGGAGAGGCUUCAUCAUUGUGCAGAAGUGGAGUUUAAACAGUUUGUCAGCGAAAUCCAAGAUCCGUCUAAAGAUUUUGAUUUUUUCCGCAGGAAAUUGACUGGUCUAACUACAGUAACCAAAACCUACUUCGAAAAUCUGGUGAAAGCUUUGGAGAAUGGUCUUGCUGAUGUAGAGCACAAUGAAAGCACAAUAACAACAGACUCUAUGACUUCCACCACAAGAUAAAAGUUUGUGAACAUGGUCUAAGGAAGAUGCAAGUUGUAACUGAGGUUUCUCAGCUUCAGUUUUAUGUUUUUUGUGCAAAGCACCUUAGAGUUUGUGAUAUUGUUUACAUUAUACCCUAAUUGUUGCCACCUCA